AUGGAGAAGACAAGCCUGAGAAACAGGAGAGAGGAUGAGAGGUCCAUCCAGAGCAUCCAGAGUAAGGAACCCAAGACCACAAGUCUCCAGAAGGAGGUGGGCCUGCUCAGCGGCAUCAGCAUCAUCGUGGGCACCAUCAUCGGCUCUGGGAUCUUCAUCUCCCCCAAGUCUGUGCUCAGCAACACGGAAGCCGUGGGGCCCUGCCUCAUCAUAUGGGCGGCCUGUGGGGUCCUCGCAACGCUGGGGGCCCUGUGCUUUGCGGAGCUUGGUACGAUGAUCACCAAGUCAGGGGGCGAGUACCCUUACCUGAUGGAGGCCUUCGGGCCCAUCCCUGCCUACCUCUUUUCCUGGACCAGCCUGUUCGUCAUAAAGCCCACAUCCUUCGCCAUCAUCUGCCUCAGCUUCUCCGAGUAUGUCUGUGCGCCCUUCUACUCAGGCUGCAAGCCCCCUGAGGUUGUCGUGAAAUGCCUGGCUGCCGCUGCCAUCUUGCUCAUCACCACGGUGAACUCGCUGAGCGUGCGACUGGGGAGCUACGUCCAGAACGUGUUCACGGGGGCCAAGCUGGUGAUCGUGGCCAUCAUCAUCCUCAGCGGCCUGGUCCUCCUGGCCCAAGGAAAUACAAAGAAUUUUGAGAAUUCUUUUGAGGGCACAAAACUGUCUGUGGGAGCCAUCAGUCUGGCAUUUUAUAACGGACUCUGGGCGUACGACGGAUGGAAUCAACUCAAUUACAUCACGGAAGAACUUAGAAACCCUUUCAGAAACCUGCCCUUGGCCAUCAUCAUCGGGAUCCCGCUGGUGACAGGCUGCUACAUCCUCAUGAAUGUUUCCUACUUUACUGUGAUGACUCCCACCGAGCUCCUGCAGUCCCAGGCGGUGGCCGUGACGUUUGGCGACCGUGUUCUCUAUCCGGCCUCUUGGGUGGUUCCACUGUUCGUGGCCUUUUCCACCAUUGGUGCCGCCAACGGGACCUGCUUCACAGCGGGCAGACUUGUGUACGUGGCGGGCCGGGAAGGCCACAUGCUCAAAGUGCUGUCCUACAUCAGCGUCAAGCGCCUGACUCCAGCGCCUGCCAUCAUCUUUUAUGGUAUCAUAGCGACUAUUUAUAUCAUCCCUGGUGACAUAAACUCAUUGGUCAAUUACUUCAGUUUUGCCGCAUGGCUGUUUUAUGGCCUGACGAUUCUGGGAUUGGUUGUGAUGAGGUUUACGAAGAAAGACCUGGAAAGGCCUAUCAAGGUGCCCAUUUUCAUCCCCAUCCUGGUGACCCUCAUAUCCGUGUUUCUGGUUGUGGCCCCAAUCAUCAGCGAACCUGCAAUGGAGUAUCUCUACUGUGUAUUAUUUAUACUGAGUGGCCUUAUAUUUUACUUCCUUUUUGUCCACUAUAAGUUUGGAUGGGCUCAGAAAAUCACAAAGCCCAUCACCAUGUACCUCCAGAUGCUGAUGGAAGUUGUGCCGCCAGAGGAGGCUCCAGAGUAA